UGCUAUCAUAAAAUGGCGGAGUCUGAGGAGGAGGUAGACGUCCUGGUCCAGAGAGUAGUCAAAGACAUUAACAACGCCCUGAAGAGGAACCCGAACAUAGAUGAGAUUGGUCUGAUCCAGGUUCCAGAGGCCCGCUACAACCGCAGCCCCAUCGUCCUGGUGGAUAACAAGCUUGGCGUGGAGAGUUGGUGCGUCAAGUUCCUGCUGCCGUACGUCCACAACAAGCUGCUGCUCUACCGCCAGCGCAGACACUGGCUGGACAGGGAAGCUCUCCUGGACAUCACCUGCACUCUGCUGCUGCUGAAUCCCGACUUCACCACAGCGUGGAAUGUCAGGAAGGAGCUGCUGUUGUGUGGGGCUCUCCACCCUGAUCAGGACCUUUAUCUGGGAAAGCUGGCCCUCACCAAAUUCCCCAAGAGUCCGGAGACGUGGAUUCACAGACGCUGGGUGCUGAAGCAGAUCAUGCGCCACUUUUCCUUUCUGUGUCACAACAAGACUCAGGAAGGUGAGGCAGAGCAGGUGGAUCCAGACAGGAACCAGAGCGAGCAUCUUGCCCGGGCGGUCCACCAGGAGAUGAAGGUGUGUUCCGAUGCCGCCGACAGAUAUCCCAGCAACUACAACGCCUGGUCCCACCGUAUCUGGGUGCUUCAGCACAUGGCCAAAGGCAACGCCAAGGUUUUCCAUGAUGAGCUGUCCUCCAUGCGUCUCUGGGUGUCCAUGCAUGUGUCUGACCACAGUGGUUUCCACUACCGCCAGUUCUUGUUGAAGGAGCUGAUGACCGAGCGGAGCCAGACGUCCACAUCUAGUCCAUCCCAGCAGUGGGAUCCUGAUGCUGGUCUGCAGACCAAUGGUUUGCUCCCAGGAGCCGAGGUGGCCUCUGAGGAGACGGUCCUGCAGCUCUUCUACCAGGAGAUGGAGCUGUGCUCAGACCUGAUCCAGUCCUUCCCUGGACAUGAAACACUCUGGAGUCACAGGCGCCAUGUCUUCUAUCUGUGGCACCAGUUGAAGGAGCACCAUCAUGGCCGCUGCAGCGAUGGCGUGACAGAUGCUGGCCUUCAGAGACCUGAUAGCCCGGGUCGCGGCGUGGACACACAGAUGGAGGUAGACCGGAGGUCUAUGGCGGAUCCCCACGACAGCAAGCGACUGAGGCGAGGUGUCCCGCUACCCCCCCGCGCCCCCACCUUACAAAUUGAGCACAUGUUCAUCAGCAGCAUCCUGGACAGCAGCUGUUACCCCGAACAGAGGAGCUUCGCCGUGGCCUACAGGAAGUGGUUGGACACGGUGGUCGCCAUGCAGUCCUGAGAAAAGCUGUAGCUCCGCCCCCUCCACUGAUGAUGCCUUUAGAUACAGAUAUAGGGUCAGCUCGGCGGCUGCAGAGACAUUGACAUGGACCUAAGAUUCAGGAUUUCCUUUGACCAACGACUACAGGACCCUCCAGAUGUUUGGAUCCAGACCCGCCGACUCCUUACAAGUCACAGAUACCACUAACACCACGGGUUCGAUUCCAGAUUGUCUUCUUAUUUCAGGUCUCUCAAUGCCUUAGGUCACAGUCCCAGACCAGAUUCGUUCGUUAUUUCCUGUGUGUGGAAGUAAGUCAGAAGAGAAGCAACAGGGUCCGUCAGCUCCGAGGAGGGAGCCUGUUCCGUCGGAUCCGAGGAGGGAGUCGGAUCCGAGGAGGGAGCCGGUUCCGUCGGAUCCGAGGAGGGAGCCGGUUCAGUCGGAUCCGAAGAAGGAGCCGAUUCAGUCGGAUCUGAAGAGGGAGCCGGUUCAGUCGGAUCCGAAGAAGGAGCCGAUUCAGUCGGAUCUGAAGAGGGAGCGUUGGCUCCGAGGAGGGAGCCGGUUCAGUCGGAUCCGAAGAGGGAGCCGUCGGCUCCGAGGAGGGAGCCUGUUCAGUCGGAUCCGAGGAGGGAGCCGUCGGCUCCGAGGAGGAAGCUGGUUCCGUCGGAUCCGAGGAGGGAGCCGGGCCCGUCGGGUCCGAGGAGGGAGCCGGGCCCGUCGGAUCCGAGGGGACAGCAUUUGGAUCUGAGUCUGUUGCAUGAAGAGAAACUGAAAGAUUCUCAUGAGUUCACUGAUCCUCUGAGCCCCUUCAGACCUGAUGGUCUCUGUUUCUGAAUGGAGAUGAAGAUGAGACACUUGUUCAUAUUUAAUAAACACAGAAAGUUUAACCUCUGA